UAUUACUACAGCUCUUAGAGCACUUGUGCUCACAUGAACAAGUUUGAGAGUUAUCUCAAUCGGAACCUCUUCAGAAAGGCAGGAAAGGAUACCGAGCUGUAGUAAUGUUAUAAGAAGACUUGCUCCUUUUUGACGUUUAUUUUUCACAAAAUAUCACAAUAAAUCACUCACCUUUUAGAGUAUUUGACUGGGGCUCUUCAUUGGAACACCGUGGACUCUGUUAAUUGUACAGCAGGUUUCAACACUCAGUGCUGUGAAGAUAUCAAUCUCUGCACAAGUGGGCACCAGGUACCUGCAAAGGAAAUAACAGAUUGCGAAGGCCUUUGUGGUUUAGAGUGCUAUAAAAAGACAACACACCCCGACGAUCCUCUCCUUUGUACCUGGAAGUCAGGUAGAGCCAUGCUCAGGGCUCAGUACACUCUUCACUACUGUGCUCAAGGUAAAGACUGCCUUUCCUUUGAUGCUGGGACCUCCACUUCCUGCUGUGUUAAACGAUAUGACUUGCAGAUGAAACUCAACAUGGCGUUCUGGGUUCAAGCGAGAGCAACCAACACAAACAUCAUAUCCAGGAAUAUUACCGUUAAUCUCACAAAAGCUGUGAAGCCUGACCCUCCGGUGGUUUUGGAAAUGAAUAAAUCUUCUGGAAACCUUCAUCUGUCAUGGAAGAAAGCAGCUAAUGAAAUGGGGGGCUCCCUCAAUGAGAUUCACAUCAGAAGAUUGAAUGAUUCCCACUGGCACAAUGGAACAUGUGAAACAACCUCAAAAAAAGAGACUUCAGAGCAUUGCAGUGUGCAGGUGGACAGUCAGCCAGCCUACGAGCUUCAAAUCCGGACAAUACCCAAGAAAAAUACAGAGCUGUGGGGUUUCUGGAGUGAAUGGAGCUCAAUUACGUUUGUUCCAGCAGAAAUUCAAGAGCCUCCACAGUUGCACUUUGUGUUAAUGAAACUGGAAUCCAGUGGCACCCGAUCAUUGAUUCUAAAAUGGACGGCUCCUCACAAUGCUAUGGCUUCUCUAGGGGAGAUUGAGUAUAACCUAACCAUCAGUAUGUUGCCUGAAGAAUGCAGAACAUCUCUGAAAUCAAUCAGAAUGAACACAACAGAAUAUACCAUGAACAUCUCUAAUGCAGGAUACAGAGUGUCACUGGUUGCGUUCAACAAAGCUGGACAAUCACCAAAGAAAACUGUUCUCAUCUCCCCUGGUCACACAGAAGUGUAUCGAGCGAAUCGCACUGUGGUGAUUGACAGGAUCCGGCAGAAACAGCAUUGCAAGAAAGUGUGCACUCAGUGCCAAGAUGUGCUGGAAACGCAGCCAUCGGAAUCCUGUGGCACUUAUACUGGCCAUAAAAGAAAGAUCACGGAAAAUUACCUUGGUAAAAUGAAGAAUCUGACACGAUACCGAAUCACAGUUCAUUGUUUACAUGAACAUGAAACUGAAACAUAUGAAGUGUAUUUAGCAGAAGGAACUCCCAAGAAUGGCCCAAGCAACAUUUCCAUGCAGGCAACUCAUAAUUCAGUCCUGGUCACAUGGACCCCCAUUGCGAUUGAUGCCUGCCAGGGGUUUCUGCUAAAAUACCGCAUCUAUUAUUCUACUUUGAAUGAGAGGAACCAAACACAAGUUGCUGAAAUAGAUGGGGGGAUGACAGAGUAUGAAAUCCAGAACCUGUCUUCAAAUACUAUGUACAAGCUGGAGAUAGCAGGGACCACCGCUCAGGGGGAGGGAGUGCGUAGCAUUACACACUUCCAAACAUCGCAGAGAGUUGUAGGAAUCAUCUUGCAGUGGACUAUAGUAGCAGUCAGUGUCUGCAUACUGUCUCUCACAGGAGUCCCGGCCAUCAGAAGAAUAAAGAAAGUAUUGUUGUCUGCAAUACCCAGUCCAGAAUGCAGUUCUGCAAUGAACUUUCCAACGCAGGCUCCUAUCCCUCUACAAGCACUGAGAUGUGAAGAAGAGGAUGAAGCGGAGGUGCUGGUGGUGCUGGAGAAAAGCGUUGGACCCCCUCCUGUCAAGGACACAGCCCUGAUGAGGGCUGAGGAGAGCGGGGACAGCGACCACAGGGACUCCUCAUCGGAGAGUGGGAGCUUGGCCGGCUUCGAAAGCAACUUCAAUCCACAUUAUAAAACGCAGGUGCUGAACCACCCUGAACUGGAGGGGCACGAGUCACAUGAUGAAGCCCCUUUACAGAAACAGACACAGUGUGGAGCAGUCUAAGCGCUGUGUUAAACAAAAUACAUUGUAAAUCACAGCUAGCAAUAAUAGAUAGCACACACAGUGCCUCAUGUAUAUAUACACUGGCAACCCUGACUCAUGGGUCCCAGAGGUCUCUCCUGGUAAAGGCACGACCAAGUGGUAUGCAGGGUGAGUCGUGCAGUCAGAGCAGUGGUGGUUAUUGCUGUGUGAAGCUGCUGCUCUCCUAAUUGCUGAUGAGUGCCUGCAGGGCUGGCCUUUAUCCUCCAAGGGCCGGCAGCUCACAUCCGCUGUGGAGCUCCUGGGUGUAAAGAGGGGACUGGCUUGGGGAUCGGAGGACACCCGCUGACCUUCAGCUCUCCUAGUGUUGUGGGGAGCUGCUGCUGUGAGGGGCUAAUUGGACCUCUAAGUUGGGGUGAAAACUAGAGAGGCAAUUCCAAGAUAGUAUUGCAUUGUAUGUUAUUUUUCAAGAUUAACAGAUGUUAUGGAGACUGUACACAUACAGAAUAUUUCCAUAUUGACAGGCCACACAAUUCUUAACAGCUUGGCACAACUGUUAUAUGUGUGUGUGUGUGUGUGUAUUUGUGUGUCUUUGAGCUUUCCAGCUUUUCUAGCUAAAAGAGUUCUAAAAAUAUCAUGCACAAAGAAAAAGGGUAGUUUACUGAAAAGAUGUAAUAGGAGCUAUACUCGAACACUGCUAUAGUAGUUUUCUGCUCACAAGAUAUUUUCAACACAUUUCCUCCAUUCUUAAUUCACUCCUAUUUUUUGAAAGCAGAAAAUCAUGUUAACAUGACAAAAUGAAAAUCUUGAAAGUGAAACUUGAACUAUGUCAUGUAAGCUAUUUGGUGCUUGUUUUGUAAAAUGUACCUCUUUAAAAAAACAGUUAAUUGAAGACUGGAGUAAAUUAUUUUAAAACUGGUCCUGCAUGUUUAGACAUCAGCAUGCUGAAUGUUGUCAGACUGAUACAGAUUGUCCUUGCAGUCUUUUCAAACUCUUUAAAAACCUGAAUUAUAUACUUCUAAAGAGCCAUAUUGUAUUUGCCAUGCAUGUAAUAGAACAAUUGAUAUGUUAUGUGCUGGCAACUUUUGCCUAGUGUAAAAAAACAUCCCAAAGACCUCAUCUCUUCAGUACAGAAAGAAGGAGAAAAGCAACUGACUUUAUAAAAUCCACUGCUUCAAAUUUAACACAGAGAGAUGGAAGAAUGAGAGGGUACAUAUGGACGCAAGUUUAGAACAAAUGGUAGGAAGCAGUUUUUUACACUGAGUUUGAAAUGAAUG